AUGUCUGCUAUCGCCCAGAAAGCCGCAACUGAGGCGCUUAUCUCGAAGUUCGAGAUCACCAAAUUGCUCCGACAAGACCAGAAUGGCCGUCGUAUCGCCCUCCUCGGCUCCAUCGACUCCCAGCCGGGCAUCCUCACCGCCGAGCGCGCCGCCUUCGCCACCGAAUCCAUCGAAGUCCUGAAGGCCUUCCACGCCGCUAUCUCGCAGGUCACCAACCUCGGCGACAAUGACAUCUACCGGUGGUACAUGGCCUCGUCCUCGGGAUCGCAGUCGCCCGGUGCCUCCGAUCUCAAACUCAACCUCAUCUGGCCCUGCACGGAUCAGCACGUCAAGAAAUACUCGGACCAGGUCGUCCGCAUGGUUACUGAGACGCCGCAGAUCUACCGAGACCAUGUGCGGCCGUACAUGAGCACCAAGCGCGAGGAAGGCCGGCUGAACUGGGUGUUUAAUAUCUUGGAGGGCCGCACGGAGCAGGAGGAUGUUAUUCUCCGCGAUGAGGGCCAGGGACCCGAGGAUGGGUUCCUCAUGUUGCCGGACCUGAACUGGGAUCGGAAGACUAUGAGCUCCAUGCAUCUGCUGGCGUUGGUGCACAGGCGCGAUAUCUGGAGUCUCCGUGAUCUGAAGAAGAAGCAUAUUCCCUGGCUGCGGUACUUGUGGCAGCGCGUGCUGGAGGGCACGGUGAAGAUGUAUCCGGAUCUGGAGAUGGAUCAGUUGAAGCUUUACGUGCACUAUCAGCCCACGUAUUACCACUUCCAUAUCCAUGUCGUCAACGUCAUGCUCGAGGCCGGGGCUACCCAGGCCACUGGCAAGGCGUUCGGGCUGGAGAACAUCAUUUCGCAGUUGGAGACGAUGUCCGGAGACGAGGAGGCCAGCAUGGCGGAUGUCAGCCUCUCCUACUACUUGGGCGAGGCGAGUGAGCUCUGGACCAACAUCUACGAACCCUUGAAGCGGGGAAAGAAACUCUACUAG